GGUUUUGGUAUGGGCGAUCAUGGGCGAUUGCUAAUAAUCCGGUGUCCGCGAUCCGCUUUACGAAUUCAGUGAAUUCAAUAGUAAAUUUGAGCAAAAUUAACAAAUGUACUUAUUCGGCUUUCAAUAUUUUUUCGUGAUUGACGGACUAAUGAAAAACCGAUUGCUACAUUUUGUUGAACUACGUGUGUAUUAAGAACAAUAUUGCGACUGACUUAUUAUUGCGAAAUUAAUGUGAUCCAGAACCAAGCUGCAGAGCUGGACGAUGUCCUGUGUAGUCUGGGAGAUGAUUUCUCUCAAUAUUCCCCAGUAAGGUGUAAUAUAUUUCCGAUAGUUGGAGCCAAAUUCAACCAAUAUGGAUCCGGCGAUGUACUUGCAAUAUUCUCCCCCCAACGGACUACCACAAGAGUCAAAAUUAGCAACUUACAUGAAUCGAUCGCCAUCCACUCCAAACCGUACUAUUGAACAAGGAAUCAGCAACCUGACUCUUGAUUCCACACCAAAUGCAGUCAAAAAGACACUCUCCAUUCACCACCAUCCACCCCCACAGCCUAUCGCCACAACUCGCCAUCCACCGCCACAGAUCAUCACGCACAUUCCGCCGCCGAUGUAUCAGCAGGUACUGAUAGGUGAAUAUUUGCCUAUCAAUUACUUCAGUCCUCCGGGAAUCCUGUCAGAACCUUCGGAUAACUCUCCUCCGGUCACGUUGACGCCGGUGGGCGGCACAAUCCACCAGGAGAAUGUGGGUGGGACAACAUACUUCUAUUCGACAAAUACGGACAGCCACAAUCCUCCGGGAGCACCUGGCGGCAUGGUAGGUCCGGAACCCUGCCUGCCUGCCGUGGCGUCGUCGUCCAGCUUCGCGCCGCAGAUGUAUGCCGCCCCCCCAUACAUGCCCACCGUCCAGGCCAAACCAGGACUGGCCCAGACCUUUUACAUGCCGGAAACCAUAAAAGAAGAUAUUUAUCAUAGAAAUGAUAAUGUAUUCAUGCAGCCUGACAUGCGACAGUAUCCAGAUAUCCCCGAAGUAUUGGACAUGUACACGGAGCUGAUGCCACUGGAGGGCAGCGGGCACAGCAUGGCGACGGCGUUCCGCGCGUCGCACCGUCACAGCGGCGAGCUGUUCGCGCUGCGGCGCCUGCACUCGUGCGCGCUGCCGCCGCCCGCGCGCCUCGAUGCGUGGCGCCACCUGGACCACCCCAACAUCGUCCGCCUGCACCGCGCCUUCCCCACGCGUGCCUUCGGGGACCACUCGUUGGUGCUGGUGUACGACUAUCAUCCAGCGUGCGUGACUCUAAUGAACAAGUACCUGUCGGGCGGACCUCCGGGCUCGGGGCCCGAUCCUAAUGGAGCAUUCCACGACCCGUUCUCGGCCGAUCCGGAUGCGCCCCGGCCAUAUACCCACCAGAAAAACGCGAUGCUUCGCGCGGUGGCGUGCGGAGCCCUGCUGCCCGAGGCGGUGCUGUGGAGCAUGCUGGUACAGCUGACGGCCGCCCUGCGCGCCGUGCACGCCGCCGGCCUCGCCUGCAGGAGUCUCGACCCGACAAAGGUGGUGAUGAACGGUUGCCGCAUUCGCAUCGCUUGGUGCGGCAUUGGUGACCUUCAGAACAACACCAUGGAUGUUGCUCAGGCGCAACAGGACGAUUUAACGGCACUGGGUCGACUGGCGCUAGCACUGGCUUGCCGGACCGUGCAAGUGGACAACUUGGCUGCUUGCAUGGACCUUGUCGCCCGGAGCUACUCGUCGGACCUCAAAAACCUCAUUCUGUACUUGCUGGCGGGGACAACGCGGCGAUCGGUCGUUGACAUCAUGCCGAUGAUCGGAGCUCGAUUCUACACGCAGGUGGAGGCGCUAGAGCGGCGCACGGACGCACUCGAGGAGCAUUUGGCGCGCGAGGCGGACAACGGACGCCUGCUGCGGAUGCUCAUGAAGCUGGGCGCCGUCAACGAGCGUCCCGAGUUGAACAUGGACACGGCGUGGGCGGAGACCGGCGACCGCUACAUGCUGAAGCUGUUCCGCGAUCAUUUGUUCCACAGCGUGACGCCGGACGGCCGGCCCUGGCUCGACCAGGCGCACCUCGCCUACGCGCUCAACAACCUCGACGGCGGCACGCAGGCCAGGGUGAUGCUCAUGUCGCGGGACGAGCAGAGCAUCCUCGUAGUGUCGUACGCAGAGCUUAAGCACUGUCUCGACCAGGCGUUUGAUGAGGUGAUGCAGGCCGCUAGCUCACCGCAGCCCUAGCUACUGUACGCACCUUACACCGUGCAGUGCUGCUGUGUCUGCAUGUAUUACCAGGGGUGACGUGGACGACACCAUCACACCGAGUGUCCGUGUCAAUGACAUUACGAACAUUAUGAUGUACAUCACUAAUGAAUCACCACACCAUUACACAGGGUGCCCUUGUGGAUGACAUUGCAUACAUCACUAGCGGCCAGACUUAAUAAUCAAUCCUAUCUUUUAUCUGUGGAUGACUUAGUAACAUUGUUAUUUGUCAAAAAUUGUAUGUCUUUUUAACAAAUAACAAUGAUGCUAAGUAACUAAUCGACAGAUUACAGAUAAAUUGACUAUCAAUUUCGGUCAAUACAUCACCAUUACUCUGAGACGGCUUUAUUUACAUUUUGUUCAAUUACAAACAAAGGCAAAUUUAUCAUAGAAAAGACAUUAUUAAAUUAAAAGCAAUACAAUAAAGUGAUUAGAUGAUUAUUGAAUACAUAAUUUCAGUGAAAUUGAUUUAUAAGUGAAAGUGAACACUUUUAAUUUGUUAUUUUUUUAAAUAAGUCUUUCUAAUAAUAAUAAAUAAUUUAUCCACUGAUACAUUGUGUAGUUUGUAGAUGUAUAUUGUUAUGUGUGUUUUGUAUGUCUUAACUUUUAAUGCUGAUUUCAAUCAAUCAACAAAUCAUCAAUUAUGAAACGACAAAUUAUUUUUAAUUUUCAAUAACAUUAAAUUAGACGUUUUGACAGUUUUAAUAUUGCAUAUAUGUCGAGAUGUCAAAUUUAUUUGUCACUUAAGUUUAUAUGGUGAUUUUUUUAUUUUUUUAUUCCUCGUUUAAAGAGCUGGGUCACUAGUGUGACCAUGUGGCUCUGGUAGGGUGAUUGAAAAGCUCUAAAUUGGGUAUUUUGUUAAUUUUUUAAACUUAUUUUUCUUAAAUGAUUCCCUCUCCUGCAAUCCAAUAUAAUCGCACAUAAUCGUGCGAAUUGCAGCGAAUGACGGGAACUAUUGCACUCGCCGUCGCGUGUAGAAAUACGAUAAAAUGUAACGGAAUACGACAAAAUGCGUAUUCGAGUACGACGAACCCCGUUUAGGAAUAAAACCAAGCGGAUUUACGACUUAACGCGUUUUGUAAUACUACGAAAUAAAUGUUCGAUUACGAUAAAUGUUUAUUCGAAUACUACGAAACGCGUUUAGUAAUAGGUACGAUAUGAUUCGUAUUAAAGGAACCGACAGAAAUUGUGUGAAUACGAUAAAAUUAUUUUGUAAAGCGAUCUCAUUUUAAGGAUGCGACAAAUUGUAUCGAAUCCUUAUUGAUUCCCACUAUAUGUAACCCUAUGAAGGAUACGUAAGAUCAACUAUCCGUCGAAUAUUAAAGGACUUCUUAAAACUUAAGAGCACCUUGAAUUUUGAUUGGCUUUAUGCCAUUUUGUACAAAUAUUCGUAACCCUGGCCGUGAACCCUCUGGUUCGGCAUAUAGUGUAAAUCAACUUUUCGACCUUUGACUGCAGUUUUUGUUCCCGCGGGCUACGAAGGAUUGUACGAGGUAUAGUCAAGAAAUCAACGAUAUUUAAGGUGCACCUAAAUUUUAAUGAACGUUUCAGUAUUCGGCAAUGUAAGCUUUAAGUGUUCAUUUAUAUCUACGCGAAGCUUCUAAAAGGCCAUGCCUGAAUAAGCGCCACAAACAUUCCAAAAUAUAGAGAUACGUUUGAAAAGAAACAAACCUAUCAACUGUUGCCUGUCUAAAUAACAAGUGACUGACACUUGUGACCCUCCACUUCAAAGAUUCUGGUGAAAUAAACACAAUUUUUUCAGAUUUUCGCAUCGUAUUUUUGAAGUCGACGGUACCAAGUAAUCGAGAACAUCCGCUAGAGUCUCAAGAUUUGCAUUUUUCAAUAUAACGCGAAAACUAAAGAAACUAAUUGGAAUGAGCAACGGUAGUCAGUCUAUCUCACAUACGCAGUAUAAAUGUGCGCAGUGUGAAUGAGACGAAAUGAUUUGCGAUGCUUCGAUUCGUUUCUUUAUUGGUACAUGGUGUACUGGUACUGGCGGAUGAGGCCUAUGACAUCGAGGGCACUUUAAAAUUGUAUAUAUAAAAUUGUGUAAUUUCUUCAAUGCAAACGACUCUUGCGGAUCGUCUUGUAGUACUCCUUAAGGGUGCGUUUCCAUUGAAGCGGAAACGUGGGGUUUUGACCAAAUAGAUUAUUGAGAGAGAGUACUUAAUCAAAUUAUCAGGUCAUCUAAGACCUGCUUGGUCUGUUGAACAAUCGAAACGCACUCUUACAUGCGUUCUUCCAGCCCAUUUUCACACAGGAAGUGGCAACAUCUCGCUGUCUCCCUCGUACGCGCGCAUUUAUUAUGCCAAUAACGUUAUUAGCAUACUUGUAAUAGAUUUUUAAAUUUUUGUAAAGCAAGUCUAAAAUUAUCUGUGGAAUUUUAUUAUAAAAGCUUACACUAAUUUUUUCAAAUGGCUUUCCAUCUUUCUCGAGGCGGAGCGCAGGCAUUUAUUGCGAUUCCCUGUGUGAUAUUAUUCACUAUAGUUAUUUGAUAUAAGAACCUACCGACGUAGAUCUGAAUUUGUAUGUUAAAAACAUGUUUUUAAGUAUUAGAGCAACAUUAAAAUACUCGGGUUAAAUAAUUAAAUAAAACUGUGUCGUACAUUGAA